AUGGCGAAGGAGACAGAGGACGAGAGCGAGGGCAUGUCCGUCUUCAGGAAGGACCCGAAGAUGCAGGCACUGCUGGAGCGGAAGCACUACGCCGUCCUGAAGCGCAUCGCCCACGGCGCCUUCGGCCAGGUCUACAAGGGCGCCAAGACGGACGGCAACGGUCGCGUGCAGGAGGACCAGCUGAUUGCCAUCAAGGUCAUCGAGAUGGCCCGUCUGCAGCCCAUCUUCCGCGAGAAGUACCUGCCGCAGGAGCUGGCCGCCCUGACGCACCUCCACCACAAGAACAUCGUCCGCGUGCACGACAUCUUCCGCGCCAACGAGCGACUCUACAUCGCAAUGGAGUUCGCCCCCAACGGCGACCUCAGCGGGUGGCUGAAGAAGAACGGGCCCAUGAAGGAGCGACUGGCCGCGUACUGGUUCGCACAGGUCGUCGCCGCGCUCUCCCACGUCCACUCCUCGCUCCGAAUGGCGCACCGAGACGUCAAACUGGACAAUGUGCUGCUGGACGCGAGCCACGAGGCGAAGCUCUCCGACUUUGGCUUCGCCAAGGAGUGCUGGGACUACAAGCGGCACUGCGUCAUCCUCUCGCAGACCAUCUGCGGCACCCAGCCGUACUUUUCGCCGCAGCUCGUCGACCACGUCCCCUACAACGCCUACAUGGCCGACGU